AUGGCUAGGUCGGAUGAGGUAAGUAGUCGUCCGAAGGAGAACCACGAUAAUGCAAAGAUACAGUUAACUAGCGCAGAGCUAAAAGCGCUUGUGGAUGAUGCGGUUGCUAAAGCAUUAGAAAGACAGUACAGCGAUUACAGUGAGACCCAAAGUAGGACCUUGUCUUCACCGCAUAUCAAAACCAAGACUCAAUCGAAGUCUCGUGGCAAGCCACCAUCUGUCCAACCCAAGCCUAAAAAGGAAGAAUCUAAGAAGGAUGAUGAUAGACAUUCUUCGAAUAAAAAUGGUAAUCAUUCCAAGAAAAUUGUGCUUGAUGAUGCCCCGCGUGCUAAGGGUUGCACACUUACCUUUGGUAGACUCAUCUUUAGACAUUAUCAUUUCAACAAGAGCCAAACUCCCAAAAUUCCAGACCCAUUUGCUUCGGUUCAGAGUACUGGCCGAAACGUUGUGGCGGAUUUCUGGGACUUGGAUAACAAACCUCCAAGAUCAGUAUCUCCAUUUGAUGCUGCUAUUAGAUUGAAAAAGGCUGCUGAAUCGUUCGGGGCUGUUCGGUACAAGAUAGCUUAUGCUAAUCAACAUUCCUUUGAUUAUGUUCCUGCUGAGAUUAAGGAACACAGGCGAGAUAGGAGAAAAUUAAACCAGCUGGAAAAUAAGGGUGUUGUAAAACCGGUAGAACCCUAUAUAUGUCGUGUUUGUGGGAGGAAGUUCUAUACAAAUGAAAAGCUUAUUAACCAUUUUAAGCAAAUCCACGAGCGUGAGCACCAGAAGCGAGUGAGCCAGAUUGAAUCAGCUAAAGGUAGUCAAAGGGUAAAAUUAGUGGGAAAAUACUCUAUGAAAAUGGAAAAGUAUAAUAAUGCUGCGAGAGAUAUUUUAACUCCAAAAGUCAGGUAUGGAUUGGGAGAUGAGUUAAAACGGGCAGGGUAUUGUGUUAGUGUUGUUUCGAAUAAACCGCAAGCUGCAGAUGUUGCAUUGAGAAACCACAUGGUGGAUAUGAUGGAUAGACGGCAGAUGGAGUGUUUGAUACUCGUGUCGGAUGAUUCUGAUUUUGUUAAGGUUUUAAAGGAGGUGAGAUUGAGAUGUUUGAAAACAGUGGUUGUGGGUGAUAGCAACGAUGGGGCUCUGAAGAGGGUUUCCGAUGCGGCUUUUUCAUGGGAAGAGAUUAUUAUGGGAAAGGCUAAAAAGGAAGCAGUAUCUGUUGUGGGGCGGUGGAAAGAUAGAGAUAUUUUGAAAAGGUUGGAGUGGACAUAUAAUCAUGAACGGGAGAGGAAGUUAUAUGGUUCAUGUUCUGAGGAUGAUGAUGAAAAUGAUGAUUUUGAUGCCAGUAACUUAAUUUCUGAUGAAGUUAAAAAAGAUGAAAGUUGUGCUUGGUGGAAACUUGAGUCGGAUUCAGAUGUUGCUGCUGCUGCUGAAUCUUCCUAAUUACUAGCA